UCAUUAUUUGUGUUUGAACUGUGCUAGUUCGUAGAAUUAUAUAACUGCCGUACAAUUGCGUGUAAAUUUUACACUUAGAACUUCGUAUUCCGAGUUCAAAAUGCCAGUGGCUACCGGUACUAAAGUGAUGAAGUCGGAACUUUUAGAGAAGGAAUGGUACAUAGAAUCACCAUGGGGAAGAAUUGCAUUGAUCGCGUGGGGAGACUGUUUCGACCCGCCAGUGCUUCUCUGCCAUGGUCAGGUGGAUUCUGCAGCCUGCUUCAGACCACUCGUCAAGCUAUUGCCACGUAACUACUAUUAUAUAGCAAUGGAGUUGCCAGGCAAUGGCAAGUCGGAUCCUGUGCCGCCAGGCCUCAUGAUGUCAGCAUACGAAAUCCUGUACGCUAUCAAGACUGUCGCAGACCACUUCAGAUGGGAGUCGUUCAUUUACAUCGCACAUUCAUUGGGAACAUUAUUAGGGAAGCUGUACAGUCUAACAUUUCCCGGUCGCAUCUCCCGCAUCAUAGAUUUAGAUCCUACAGCGGCGUACUACACUGUAGCACCCGAACAGAUGCCGGCCUGGUACAAGCACUACUUCACAUCUUACUUCGACAAGUAUAAGAAGUUCAUUUCCCCGAAGGAAAAUGCACCUAAAUACACAUAUGAAAAGGCGUUUUCUAUGAUGAAGAAGAAUCGAGGUCUCACAGACGAAGCAACGAAGACUGCGCUUGAAAGGAUCUUGGAGCCGGCAGGGAAGGGUCUAGUAAGAUUCACGUUCGACCAAAGAGCCAAGCUGAUCACCUUACCACCCCUCCCCCCUUCGUACCUCAAAGUAUUAUACACUUCGAUCCGCACACCCACGUUGUCUAUACUCGCGGAGGACUCAAUACAAGAUGGCGCUUACAAGAUGGCGGACUUUGUAUUUGUUGAAGAUUGCGAGAGACAAUAUUCAGUGAAACGGGUACCAGGAAAUCAUGACGUUCAUGUAAGUUAUCCAGAAAGGAUCGCACCCCACAUAGUAGAAUUUCUACUUAAAUGUAACGAUUUAUCUUGA